AUGCGCAGGCGGCGCCAGAGAAGGCGCGGCGGCGGAAAAAAGAAGGGUGGAGGGGGCAGCGACGGUGUGUCGCGGCGACGGGGGGGCUGUGAUGCACUCGCGGCGGUGGGAUCCGCAGGCGAGGAAGGCGCAAUCACGGCGGAGGGAGGGAAGAGUGGCGACGGCGUAGGUCGUGCCAAGGAGGUCGGCGUGACACACGUGCUGCAGAUGGUGGACAGCACCAGGCUCACCCUCCGCAACCGUUACCCGAGUGACGCGGACGACUUCGGAGAGGGGAGCAACGAGCUGAGCGCCUUUUUGGCGAAGCAUGCGUCUUCGGAGAAGAGGGUGGUGAAGGUGACGGGCACCGACUCGACUGGGGCGCCAACCACUCAUGAGUACACCCUCCAUGAGCAGAAGAUUAAAGGUCAGAAAUCUGGCGGGGGCUUGGACGACUGCAUCACACUGGCGAAGGGGUACGUGAAGGAGCUGCUGAAGCGUUUGGAGAGCCGGAUGAAGGAUUUGGGCUCUCUCGAGGGCGCCAAGCUGUUCACGCAGGGGGCCGCGGUCUAA